GAAGCGACAAUUGACGACGACAAUUGAAUCGGGGCGCCGAUCAUGGAUGAGAAUCAGUCGGACAUCUUGCCGGACAUAACCGAAGCCGAAGCUAGCUCACAAGAAAAUGGAAAUCAGACUACCACAAGGACGCGUCUCAUUGCGGCCACAACGGCAGAGUCAAGCUCCGUCGAGGGGGGCACCGUGGUGUCCGUUCCUGUACCCGUGAGUGUCCCCGUGGGCAGUGCCAGUGGCAGUACAUUCAACGUAAUAACACCUGAACAGCUGCUCCACUUUAAACCAAUGAUUUGCGUGGACAACAAUGGUUUUAUCUCCGGCCAAGUGGUCGGAGGCGAUCUCAAAGCCACACACAUUGUCAUCAAGCAGCCAGUGACGUCUUCUGAGUCAGUUGCUACAAGUACACAGGAGAUCACCACGAUGACUGAACCACAGCCCCAGACGCAGUCUCAGACAAUUCAGAAUCAGUGGGCUGAUAUCAUGAAUAUGGAAGUUUUACCAAUUCGCUGCAAGACAACAACUGCAGAGUUAUACAAAAGUCGCCUGGGCUCCGGUGGACGUGGACGAUGUAUCAAGUACAAGGACAACUGGUUCACGCCCAGCGAAUUUGAGCAAGAAUGCGGUCGUGGUUCUAGCAAGGAUUGGAAGCGCUCCAUCCGAUUCGGGGGACGAAGCUUACAAGCUCUCAUUGAUGAAGGUGUUUUACAGCCACACGCUACUAGCUGUACUUGUCCUGCAUGUUGCGACGAUGAUUCUAGCGCUACAGGUCCAGUGCGCUUCUUUACGCCAUACAAGAGACGUAGACGCAAUCAAAUUGAAAUUGAUAACAAGAAAAAGCGCCAAUCGGGCUCAGCAGAUGAGUACACUGAACAGGAGCCCGUGGUAAUUGCAAAGGAAGAACCAUGGGGUGCUCUAGCAGAUGGUAUUGAUGGCUCUAGCGAUUUUCUCGAUGCCACACAAGUUGCUGAGGGUAACAUACCGCUUGAGAGACUCAAAACUUUGUGUGUUCAAAUGGCAAAGACAGUAGCUGACUUCAGGAGGUACAUCAAUGAGGCCCAGGAGAUCCAUGCUAAGCAAGUGGAGCGGGUACAGCGUGAGAGAGAUGCUGCACUCAUUGCAGCACGUGUUCAUGAUAUUGAAGAUCCAAAUGCCAUUAAUAUUGGGGCUGGUGUUGACUUGAAUGGUGCCAAGAAGUGUGCCAAUUGCAACAGAGAAGCCCUCGCCGAGUGUUCUCUAUGCAGACGAACACCCUACUGCUCGACAUUCUGUCAACGUAAAGAUUGGAACUCACAUCAGGUGGAGUGUUCACGAGAUCCAGCGGAUGGUACUCAGCAGAUUAUGCUUCUUGUGGACGAUCAAGCGCAUUAUCGGGAAAUUAUUAAACUAAUACAAGAGGAGUAUGAGGGAAAUUAAAAAAUAUACACAUAUGGUUUAAUUCAGUAUAAAUUCAUUACAAGUUUAUUUUGAAUUCAUUUGAAUACUGCUUUAGAGUAAUAAUAUAAGACAUCAUAUUUUUUAAUAAUAAUUGAUGUGGAAUAUAAAGAAAAAAAUGAAAUCUGUAUAAUCUUCUAGAUAAGAAUAAGUGUACGUUGUAGAACAGAAACAAAAUUUGAGAUAUGAGAAUAAAAUUAGUAUAAUCCUUUGAUUGUGUACUGUAGAAGUGAGAGAGAGAGAGAGAGAGAGAAGAAAAAGAAAGAAAUAAUAAGUGAAAUAGAAGUGAA